CUCCCCGCUGCAGGCUCGUGACUGGCUGGCGCCUGUCCACACUUACCCACCCCUGCCAUGGCGAAGGAAGCGUCUGCUCCGCCGUCCCCCCUGAAAGGCGGGCGCCCUCCGGCAGUCAAAUCUGGAGGUAGGAGAGUUUCCAAAAAGCAAGAAAAUGGAGCUGUUGAGAAAAAUUCCAAGAACCUUGGAAAAGAGAAGACAAGCUCAAUUGUUAGUGUUACAAAAAUGCAAAAUAUGGGUGUCUUACUAGCUGAUGCACUGGAGAAAAUCAGCCACAAAUUUCCUGCAGCAGCAGCACAGAUGGCUCAUCAAAAGCCACGACCAGCCCUGCAGAAGAGUAUAUGGCCCAAAAGAAUUUACAUUAUCCAACAACCUCGGAAAUGUUAAGAUAUAAAGCAAAUAGUCAUGUCUGCUUGACAGUGAGCUAGUCUAACCACAAUCUACUAUUAAAUGCUAUUUGCAAUAGGACAAAAACAUUGGGAAAUAGUUUGCUGGCUGAACUGUAUUGUAUUCUUUCAUUUCUGACAAUAAAACACUUUAAGUGUA